AUUAACUUGAAACAAUCAACAUUUUGAAUGCCUUCAUGUACUCCACGGUUUCCUUUUCUGUAGACAUGGUUUCUAACUUUCCACUCCCCUCUCGCCCAGGCCCAAGCACUGCCAUUGACACAGCGUGCUCCUCCAGCUUGCUAGCUUUAGAAAAUGCCUUCCAUGGUAUUCGCCAGGGCCACUGUGAUGCUGCUGUGGUUGGAGGAGUCAACCUGCUGCUCAAACCCAACACCUCCUUGCAGUUCAUGAAACUGGGCAUGCUCAGUCCUGAGGGAACCUGCAAGUCCUUUGAUUCAUCAGGAGAUGGAUACUGCCGUUCUGAGGCAGCAGUGGCAGUGCUGCUGACCAAACGGUCUGCAGCUAGAAGGGUCUAUGCCACAGUGGUCAAUGCUGGCAACAACACAGAUGGGUACAAAGAGCAGGGUGUAACGUUUCCUUCAGGUGAGAUGCAGCAGAGGCUGGUUCGUUCUCUUUACCAGGAGGUGAAUAUAAAUCCUGAGCAGGUGGAAUACAUUGAAGCUCACGGCACAGGAACUAAGGUUGGCGACCCACAGGAAGUAAAUGGCAUUGUCAGUGUGUUCUGUCAAUCAAAGCGAGAACCCUUGCUCAUUGGCUCUACCAAAUCCAAUAUGGGCCAUCCAGAACCAGCCUCUGGUCUGGCUGCCCUAGUUAAG